AUGGGUGGCGACCUCAACUUGAAGAAGUCCUGGCAUCCCCACCUGCGCAAGAACCAGGAGCGAGUAUGGAAAGAAGAGAAGUCGGCGCUUGAGGAACGCAAGCAAAUCGAGAAGCUGCGCAAAGAGCGCGAGGAGGAGCGCGCACUUGAAGAGCUGCAGAAGCUUCAAGAAGCCGCUGGCGGCAGGACUGUCACAAAGCGCGUGGAUUGGAUGUACUCUGGGCCUGGGGGCGACGGCACAGGUGUCACCGAAGAGCGCGAGGGCUACUUGCUCGGCAAGCGCAGAAUCGACCAGCUGCUCAAGUCGAACGACACACAGGACUUGCAGAAAGGCGCCGCGGUCGGCAUCGAUGCACUUGGAAACGCAAACGCAAACUCGGCACGCGACACACAGAAAAAGGUCCUCGAGGACCCACUCCUUAUGAUCCAGAAGCAGAAGAUGGAGAUGCAACUGAAGGCCAUGAAGGACGCGCAAAAGCAAGCCAAAUAUGAGGAGAAGCGGUCGAAGGAGAAGGCGCGCGACAGCAAGCACCGGGAUCGCGAUGGAGAUCGCAGCAGACACCACCGCAGCCGCCGUGACCGUUCUCGCUCGCGCUCAAGAGAUCGCGACGAUCGAGAUAGGAGAGAUCGAAAGCACAGCCGGCGAGAUCGGGACAGCAGAGACGACCGAGACGGUCAUCGACGACGAUCAAAAUCUCGCUCACGAUCACGUUCCCCAUACCGCAGGAGCCGUCGAGACGACAAUCGCAGGCGGUCGAGAUCGCCACGCAGAAGAGAGGAGCGCGACGACCGCAACGAUCAGCGCAACCGUUCUCGCACGCCGCCUGGAAGGCCUUUCGAUAAGUCCCGUCACAGCUCCAACCAGGACCGCCCGCGAAGGGCUCGUUCACCACCAGCUGCUGUCCAAGAGCAACCGAAGGAAAGUGCCGCUGAGCGUCUCGCAAAGAUGCAAGCAGAUGCCUCGUCUACAGAAGAACAGCGCGCCGAACGUGUUCGUGAGCAAGCAAAGAAGGAUGCUGAAGAGGAGGAGCGUGUACAGGCAAACCUGAACGGCGGCAGACGCUUCAAUGUCAGCAUGGGUGGCUCUUCGAACGUGGGUCUGGGUGAUGCAAUUGCGAGGGGAAGACUCAGGGCGGAGGUCGACGCCUGA